UCGGAGUCAAAAUGAGGGAAAAUAAGAACAUGUCCGAGUCCCCGUCUCAAGCGGGAAAAGAAAUACCGGCGAAAAAACAAAAAUUAAGUAGUGACGAGAACAGUAACCCCGAUUUGUCAGGAGACGAGAACGAUGAUGCAGUCAGUGUUGAGAGUGGAACCAAUGCAGAGCGCCCUGACACACCCACUAACACUGCCAACGCACCAGGCAGAAAGAGCUGGGGAAAGGGCAAAUGGAAGUCUAAGAAAUGCAGAUACUCCUUCAAAUGUGUCAACAGCCUGAGGGAGGACCACGGCCAGCCGCUGUUUGGAGUCCAGUUUAACUGGCACAGUAAGGAGGGAGACCCUCUGGUAUUCGCAACAGUCGGGAGUAACAGGGUAACUCUGUAUGAAUGUCACUCUCAGGGAGAAAUAAGACUGUUACAGUCUUAUGUUGAUGCUGACGCAGAUGAAAACUUCUAUACGUGUGCCUGGACCUACGACACCAACACUAGUCAUCCUCUAUUGGCCGUCGCCGGGUCCCGUGGCAUCAUUCGAGUCAUCAACCACAUCACAAUGCAAUGCAUCAAGCAUUAUGUAGGACACGGAAAUGCUAUCAAUGAGCUGAAGUUUCAUCCAAGAGAUCCCAACCUCCUACUUUCUGUCAGCAAAGAUCAUGCCCUUCGUCUGUGGAACAUUCAUACAGACACAUUAGUGGCGAUAUUCGGCGGUGUUGAAGGUCAUCGGGAUGAAGUGCUGAGUGCCGAUUUUGAUCUCCUGGGUGAAAAGAUCAUGUCAUGUGGGAUGGACCACUCCCUUAAACUGUGGCGAAUCAAUUCAGAGAGAAUGCAGAAAGCCAUCCGUGGCUCUUAUGAGUACAACCCCUCAAAGACCAACAGGCCUUUUGUUUCACAGAAAAUCCACUUCCCAGACUUCUCAACCCGUGACAUCCAUCGAAACUACGUGGACUGUGUGCGGUGGCUGGGAGACCUGAUCCUGUCCAAGUCUUGUGAAAACGCCAUUGUCUGCUGGAAACCAGGAAAGAUGGAAGACGACAUCGACCACAUCAAACCAAACGAGUCCAACGUGACCAUUCUGGGACGCUUCGAUUACAGCCAGUGUGACAUUUGGUACAUGCGCUUCUCCAUGGACUUUUGGCAGAAGAUGCUGGCUCUGGGAAACCAAGUGGGGAAGCUGUAUGUGUGGGACCUUGAGGUGGAAGAUCCACACAAAGCAAAGUGCACCACACUGACCCUUCCCAAAUGCACGUCGGCCAUCCGCCAGACCAGCUUCAGCCGCGACAGCAGCAUCUUGAUAGCCGUGUGCGACGACGCUUCGAUCUGGCGCUGGGACCGGCAGCGCUGAACCACUUGGAACUGACCAAAUGUGUUGUUUGUCGCUUAGCCCUCGGGGACACGUCGUCCUGAAUUUAGCUGCCGUACAGAUGUGCACUGCAAAAAUGUCCAUUAGAACAUGGAGUCUCAUAUGUGGUCUCAGAGAAUUCCUUUACAAGUGAGAAAUCCCCAUUUUUU